AUGAACCCCUCUGUUGUGGCUGCCCACAAGAGGAUUGGACUUCUCCAAAAGUUCAACAAAUGGCAAGGGAAAGCCAUUGAGAAGAUGCAAAAGUCCAUGGACAAGAUGAUCCUUCUCACCACUCCAAGGAGGCUCCCUGCCCAAGAGCCUCACAGAGCCUCUUCUUUCGAGCCAAGGGAAGGAGAAGACAACACGCAGAGAAGGAGGAAGACUUCUAAGGCCAGACGCUCCAGCUCGACCACCGGACUCGAUCGAGUCCAAACAGAGGAAACUCAACUCGAUCGAGCUGACGGUCGAGUUGGCCUUGAGGAGCCCAGUUCGAGGAUCCGGGAUUUGAAUACGAUCCAUGCCUUACCAGGAGCCUCCCCGGAGUAG